AUGGCCGAAAAAGGCUAUCUGGGCGUCACUCCUCCUAUUUCCGUGGCGCAGUCGACCGACCGUGAGCGCGAAAUUACUGGGUCCCUUAUGGAGGAACUCCGUCGGCAGAAUUCGUUUGAGAGUGAGGAAGAGUCGCGCAGAAGGGAGCUCGUGUUGGGUCGUGUCGCCGCUCUAGUCAAGAAGUUCGUGCGCGACAUUUCUAUCGCUAAAGGUCUUUCGGAAACCGCUGCUAAUGCUGCAGGGGGGAAAAUAUUCACUUUUGGGUCCUACCGACUCGGCGUCCAUAGUCCUGGCUCCGACAUUGACACGUGUUGCGUCGUCCCCAAGCAUGUUACGCGGGAGGACUUUUUCAACGUUUUCGAACCAAUGGUGAAGGCAUUAGAAGGUGCCACAGAGGUUUCGGCGCGUCCUGGUGUACCAGACGCCUUUGUACCAGUCAUUGGCGCCAACAUCUCAGGAAUUUCGAUGGAUUUGCUUAUUGCACCACUAGGCAUGUCAUCCAUACCGGAGGACCUGUCGCUCAAGGACAAUAAUCUUCUGAGGAACUUAGACGAGAGCGUAGUUCGAAGCGUCAAUGGCACACGUCUCACCGAUGAACUUCUCCGUCUAGUCCCCAAUGUUCAAGUUUUCCGCGAUGCUCUACGCUGUAUCAAGCUCUGGGCUCAACGAAAGGCCAUCUAUUCCAACAAGAUAGGUUACCUUGGUGGUGUUGCGUGGGCCAUGCUUGUUGCCCGUAUAUGCCAGCUUUACCCAAAUGCUGUCGCUGGUGCCAUUGUUUCACGGUUUUUCACUGUCAUGUCCAAAUGGUAUUUUCCUCCUCUUAACAUCUCUGGCAUCUCAAUUACAACUCAGGCAAUGGCCGCAGCCUGUGCUCUUAAAGCAGAUCGAAGAAGGUCCAUUACAAGUGAGGGUCUGGAACCCCAAAGCUUCGAGCUCUAUCCCAGCGACCGAGCCCAUCUCAUGCCUAUCAUAACCCCAAACUAUCCCUCUAUGUGUGCGACACACAAUGUCUCCCGUUCGACACACGCUAUCAUGGUCGAAGCCAUUGAGCAAGGUGAGUGUCGCGCCGUUUCUAUUACUGUCGAUGCCAUCCGGCGCUCAUGCCGUCAACACAAACGCCUCGGUGCCUUCAUUUUCCCCCACUUCAUAACAACAUUGGACACCUGUCUUUCUCCCAGUUUCUAUUCCCAUCUUCUGCUCCUGCUAACGCACGUUUUACGCACAGGCGCCCAAUUACUUGACAAAGUUCUUGCCGGUGAUGCGAACUGGGCCGAACUCUUCACAAAGCACGACUUUUUCCACCGAUAUAAGCACUACAUUCAAAUUGUCGCAAUGACGCGAGAUAAGCAAGCGCAAGUAAAGUGGUCCGGUACUGUCGAAUCAAAAAUGCGGCACCUCGUCGGCCGACUGGAGUUUGUGGAUAAUCUCCGCCUCCCGCACCCAUUCGCCAAGGGCUUCGACCGAGUUGUUCGGUGUGUCGACGAAGCACAAGUCAACGCGGUCCUUCGUGGUGAAGAAGCUGCUGGCCCUGAUGCAGAAGGAGAUGUCAACGAUGAGGCAUACUCUGGUGCAGACCAUAAGGUGUUCUUGAGCUCAUUCUUUAUCGGGUUACGCAUAAGACCAUUAGAAGAGAAAGAAACCAUUGCUCGCCGACUUGACAUGGGCGUUCCGAUUGCUGACUUUACCAAGAUGGUCAAGGGCGACGCUUUCGACGAAGCCAACAUGGGUAUAACCUUGCGGCAUCUCAGACGUACGGCUUUGCCGGGGUACGUGUUCGAUGCCGGUGAAAAGGAAGCGCAACAGGCGCUCAAGGUUCUCGGCAAGCGCACCAGGCUUUCGUCAGCGGGUGAGACACCAGUAGUGAAAAGAUCACGCCUUGUCGCUGCGACUGCAUGA